GUAAAUGCGUAAUAUACAUCACCCGUGCAAGAAGAAGAACAAUAGUCGUGGAUGAUCUCAAAUACAUAAACAGUCAUGGAUCUCAGCCAGCCUGCAGGUGAAAACUACGGCAAUCCCAUUACUUGCUUCUUUCACGUUUUCUUCAAGGGCGCAGCUUUGGCAUUUUACAUUGUAUUUUCCAUCUUUGUUGGUAACUUUGUCGUCAUUUUCGUGGUCACUGCCCUUCUUGCUGCUCUUGAUUUUUGGGUCGUCAAGAAUGUAAGUGGCAGAAUCUUAGUUGGUUUGAGGUGGUGGAAUGAAAUUGAUGAUCAGGGUGAGAGUGUUUGGAGAUUUGAAUGCCUCGAUCAAGAGUCAAUGGCUCGGUUGAACAAGAAAGAUUCAUGGCUUUUCUGGUGGACCCUUUACUUGAACGCAGGUAUAUGGCUUUUGUUGUCAAUAUUCUCGCUCAUAAGGUUUGAAGCUGAUUACAUCCUAGUUGUAGGAGUUUGUUUGACUCUCAGUAUUGCAAAUAUUGUUGGUUUCACCAAAUGCAGAAAAGAUGCUAAGAAUCAAGUUCAACAAUUUGCUGCUAGGACACUUGCCUCAAGGGUCUCAUCUACCUUUCAGUCAGCAUUUAGUAUUGUCUGAAUUGUUUACUGCCGAACAUGUAAAUGCAAGAAGCAGUGGAUUAUCUUUGAAAUUUGAAAGCAGAGAUUAGAGAUAUAGUGCAUAAAUGCAUAAUGAUUAUUUUGGAUUCGCAUAUAGUUUAGAGAAAUUCAAAUGCAAAAUUGUGUACACGAUAAUUAAUAUUCUAUUGUCAAAUUACUUAGUGAAAUAAUGACACUCCUUUGAGAAUGUAAAUCAAAUUUUCCUUUU